UGCGAGGCUGGCGAGCAGGCUGCUUAUUUCUUCAAAUCCCCCCUUACUUGCUGAUUUUGACUCCCUAUUCACCACUCAGUCCACCAAGUCAGACCUCGUUGCCCCCCUAAUAAAAGAAACAUGGACCACUAUCCCACCGUCAGUGUCAACGAACGCGAAACUCCUACUUCGAGAAUAUCAUCACGCCACGACUCUGUCUCCUCUGUUGGCAAGACCUCAACUAGGAGUAAACGUUCCUCAACCAUGCAAACAACAAGCUCCGCUGAGCGCCAGUCCUACUCAUAUCACUCCUUCCCGUCUCCAUCGACACACUCGCCAGUCUCCAACUCAUCCCGGUCCAACUCCAGCACCUCCAACCACUCAAACUUUCAGCGCAUCGAGGAGGAGUAUGCGCGGUAUACAAAUGCGUCGCCCCCAUACAGCGAAAAGCAGUAUGAGGGAAAGACCGAUGAGGAGAAGUCUAGCAUGCGAAUGAAGGAUUAUACCAAAGAGCUCUCGAGGAUAAUGACACGACAACUGGUUAGGGGGCUAAAGAUUAGUGAGAGGGAGAAGGGAAAGAGGGAGGGGAAGACGAACUAAUGAUGGUAUCUGACAGAGGUGGGUGGUGUGGAGGAUGUUACUUUCAACAUGGGCUAGACCUGGUAUGGUUUUGUAUGACUAGUGACGUGUAUGAUGAGCGAUGGCGUUUCUUUGUGUUUACGCAGCAACUUGGAAUCAAAUGAGCCGAGUUAUUUCUUUCCUAUUGUCUUAAUGUUGUUCGAAAGCUAUGAGCUUGGUGUUUGUUACUAUACCAAUUUGAUCUUGGCAUAUUUCUCAGGAGUAUCACUGGGGAUGUGUUUUCAUCUCAACUUAGUUGCUCUGUGAGCUUUAGUUUCAAGGAUACAAAAGCAUGGUUUGGUUAUCUCUGAGUAGGGAGCGUGUUUAUUCAUGCUGGCUAUACCUGAGACGAUAGGUCUCUUUACAUUGAAGUAUACAUCAUAAAAGUUCAACGUCAAAAAAGAAUUAUAACACGCCUGAUCCUACGCAUGUAGAAAGGAUUAUAAG